AUGGAGCGCGCAGCAAACGACCAGCUUCCUGACGCGCGUCAGGAGUCUGCUGUGUACCUGCAGUUCGUCACCUUGAGGGAGUCCCUCAACUGUUUCGGGUCCGGGCCGGGGCCAAGUGACGAACAAAACGCGUUGCGUUUCAGCCCCAUCGCUCACCACCCGAUCCAAGAGCGAAGUCAAAGUCAGCCAGAGUACUCCAACAUCAGGGCCCCCAGUCACGAAAAUGUGCGGGACGAUGCAAGCACUGAUGUAGAGGAGUCACUAAUGGGCCAUGAUGAGAAGACCUGGGACGAGCUUCGUGGAGCCGGACGGGCGAGACAGAGCCGGUGGCAGCGAAGCCGUGCCGCUGCCUUCUCAUGCCAGGGCCUGCUUAACACCCUCCUUUUGAUUGUGAUCCUAGGCCUACUCAUCGACCGUCGCUAUAAUAAAGAGAACUACGGCCAUUUCGAGGGCAAUGGUGAUAUCUCCGGGUUUACACCUCGAGUCUCCCAGCAAAUCAAGACCUUCGUGCCCGACCUUGGAUUCGUCCCGGAGAACGGCUCAGAGUUCUUCACGGAGGAGGUCAGGCAGAAAUGGCUCGGGAUAGUACCGAAAGGACUCGGCUACGUCGAGGUCCACGACCCUUCCAAGUACGACAACCUACCGAAUCGCCCACUCGAGGGUCCGGGCUAUUCCCACACGGUCUACACCACCAGCGUGACACACCAGCUCCACUGCCUCUACAACAUCGCCCAGGUCUACUCGGGCCUCGUCUCCGACCCCAGCCUGAUCCCCGAGCAGAUGCAAGGGCACCUGCCCCACUGCUUCGAGUACCUGCGGCAGACCAUCAUGUGCUGCGGCGACACGGCGCUUGAGGGCCAGCAGACUACCUUCCCCGAGGGCUUUGUUGGCAGUGACGGCUGGGAUGCCAAGCACGUGUGCAAGGACUACGACGCUGUCUACAGGCACCUGGAGGAGGUGAGAGCUAAUAACGACGUCUGGAUUUGA